GGCAGGUAUAUGGGCGGGUGAGCCAACAGGUGUACCAGCAUUGUGGGACCGUCAUCCUGACGAGCGAUAUCAAGGUGAGUUUCUAUAACCGUCACAGUGACUAGCGAUAUCAAGUCCAUAAAACAUGGCGUUGAUGAGUCUGGUCCAGAUUGUGCUUAGCCUGGUCCUAACGUGUCAGUCAGAAGCCCAGUCGACCCUUGACCCCACGGCCAGUGUCGUCAUGACAACAGAGAGCGGGUUCGAUGAGCAGCUGAGAGCCCAAAUGUUGACCCUCAACAACGAGUACAGGCAGGACGAAUACGAGGCUGGAGAUAUGAACAAACUGGAUUGGUCGCCAUUACUGGAGGCGUAUGCCGCCAACCACACGGAGAAAUGUGAUUUCCGACACCAGGAGAACUCGUCAUGGGGAGAGAACCUGUACCGCAGCACCGACGCCAUCACUCCCCUGGACACCAUCUUCGGCGGCAUGCAGGCCUGGCAUCUGGAGCACUACAACAUCAAACAAAGUCCCUCGGGGUAUGUGGACUGCUGCUCAGAGACAAAGAAGACAUGUUGUCAUUUCACACAACUUGUGUGGGCCAGAACUGAGUAUGUGGGCUGUGCUAUGAAAAAAUGUGCCACACUGACCGGAGAAAUUGUCUAUACAAAUGCUUGGUUCAUGGCUUGCUAUUAUUACCCACCAGGGAAUGUCCUGACCGAACAACCCUACCAGCGUACAAGUGCCGGUCAGUGUAGUUUGUGUGGCCCCACCAACCCUGAUUGUGAUAAUGGACUUUGUUACUUUGAUACCAAGAGGUGUUAAACAGGUGACUUCUAGUACAUGAAUACAAAAUAUCUUUUUUUUACAAGAUUUGUUCUCUCAACUUGGUGUUUUAAUUCAACAUUGGACCUCAUCAUAAAAAAAAUAAUAGAUGCUUGCAAGAGAUUCUCGUUUCUUAAAUCAACCUCUUUAUUUUCCAGAAAUGUGAUCAUACAGCAAUGAUGUUUGGUUCCAGUCAUUGUUUGUUAAUUAAAUAGCAAUUUUGUUUAAAAAUUUCCAGUAACUAUUAAGUUUGUAGUUAAUUAAUAUUUUUGUUAGGUUAAUUUGCUGUAAUAAAUGUUGGUUAAAUAGCAGUUUUGUUAAAAUAUAAAAAUUUCAAUAACAUGUUAUUGCCGGAUAAAUCUCUAUUUGAUGAAAGAAAUUAAUACAUGUACAAAAACUACUGAUGUAGAUUCUUCAUAUAGAAUAUGAUGUUGAUUAUAUGAAUACAAGAUUUUGACAAGCCUUUGAAUGUCCAAAGAUUGAACCUUAUUAUAAUGAUCCUACUUGUUUAAAACCCAUUCAGAUUGUGCCAUCAGCACUGGACAGUAAACUCCUGACAUGGUGGGUGAGUACCCUUGGCCAUGUUCAGUGGAGAUGGUCAGAUAUCUGACCCAUCUUUCCUGUUAGCCAUAGAUUUUUUCCCUUACAACAAUUUUGAUGUCAUAAAAAAAAAUUUCUGUCUAGCUGGCAACUAACUUUGUUCUUAAGAAAUGGAAACUCUUCACAAUCAAAAACAUUAAAUUGAAAAUAAAACAA